CAACUACUUAAAUUAGCAGACCCGGACCCGUGCCUGAGCAGCACCACACCCCUUGGAGCUGUCUCUAAUAGAACAUCAGGCCGGUGCAUACCGUAGACGACCGGCGCGCUGCCUUUCCCAUUGGCACGCGUUAACUCAAUUGGUCCUACGUUCCGAGGCUUACCUAGUAACCAAAGACGGAUCUUUUACCUUUUCGACUGGCUUCUGCGACCGCCAGCUGACGGACCGCUCUAAAUUGAGGUGAAAAACCUCCACGCCUACUCCAAUUUCCAUCCAUCAGCAGCUUGCUCUACCAUUGCGGACUGCUCGUAGAUUAUCUACGUUACCUAUCGACACCACUCCACGACUUUCUCAACAAAUAUAGAGGGAUAACCUUUAAGAAUGACGAAGUGCUCGAGCUCCUGUUCAUCAUCGGUUGCCACAGCCAUCGUCCUCACCACCAGCGUCCUUCUCCUGUUCACGCCGACUGCCGCUGCCGCUGCCUCUGCCGACAACCGCCUAGCCAACCUCCGCGGCAUUGGCAGCAUUAAGCAGCAGCAACAGCUAAAGCUCCAUUCCUCCACCUUCACGCUCCCUUCGAUCAGCAACUGUGAGCGAGACGCGGCCAAAUCGCCUCUGCGUCUUUCCUUUGACGCUGCUGCCUCGGGGCUCGAGUUUGGAGGCACUAUUCAGCGGUACUGCUUCCGAAUCCGCAGCACUGCUGGUUGUAGCUUGCCUUCCAGAUGCUGCGGCUCAUCUUCACGAACCGCCUCUAAAAUUGAAUUUGACGUUGUGGCGGGAUGCAAGGAUUCUCUGCGGCAUGUCACCGUCAACGGCCAACCGGCUGUGUAUGAGUACGACACCGCGCUGAGCAUGCUUCGAGUCACGGAUCUCAACGCCCCAACCAGCACAAUUGCCACUGCUGCAUCCGACACGCAAGUCUGUGUCCUCCUCGAUACAGCCUCGUCCUGCCCCAGCCUCGCUACUUUCUGUGGCCGCCAUGAUGGCGCCAGCACCGCCGCAGGCGCCUGUCGCUAUUCGAUCUUCAGCACCGACGGGAAUUGCUGCCCCAUAUCUGCAGUGUCUACUGCCGUACCGCUGCCGUUGCCCGCUUCGACUAUCGAUUUGCCAUCUACGACGGUUUUCCGGUCGGAUUUUCCGUAUUGUCAAUGCCAGCGGAAUGCGGCUGGUUCGCGCCUCUUCGCUGUCGCUUCUCUAGAUGCUAACCCAAAUGUUGACAAUGGCCUGACCCGCAUCUGCUUUGACGUCGGGCUUCACGACGUUUGCGCUGAUCCUACUUCAAAGUGCUGCGAAUUCACGCUUUACAAGAUGGAGCUCGAAGUUGACCGAGCCUGUGCUGACGCCCUCGCCUACACGACCAUCGACGGCAUCCAGCACGUGCGGUAUUUUCAGACGGCACCCCACGCAGCCAUUAAGAUUGUCAAUCUUGACAGGCCCCUUUCGGCUGUUAAUGGCACGCAAGUCUGUCUGUUCUUGCGCCCGGAGUGCAACACCCUUGAAAAGCUGUGCGCUUUCCAUGAUGGUUCCUGCACGGUGGGCUUGUUCAGCAAGCCCGGCACAGGUGCUGCAAAUUGCUGCCCCCUUAGUUCGGUUCGCAUCUAGAUAAAAGAGCUGUUACUACCUACACCAAGCUAUCUGUCUUG